GCGCUGCGAUCUAGUAGUAAAAGCGGUGGCGUGGGAAAGAAGAUCUGGAAGCGUGAAACAUUGACAUGGAUCCACUGUAAUGUCAAUUUAAUAACUGACAUUGCGUUAACGAUAAAUGCACGCUGUCUCUACGCUUUUUUUCUCUGUGUUUGAGUUAAAACUGAAGAUGCGUCUGAUCUCUGGAACAUCGCAUCUGAUCGUCGCGCAGCUGUGCCUCAUCUGUCUGAUAGAUCUGGCCGCGGCGCACAUAAGAGGUCAGCGCAAAUCAGAGGACAUCGACUGGUCUUACGCAGGGGCUCUGAAUAAGCAGCACUGGGCCAAGAAAUUUCCAGUCUGCGGAAAUGCCAAACAGUCACCCAUUGACAUCCAUGAAGACUUCACUCAGGUCCGGAUGCAGUACCAGGACCUGCAGUUUGAGGACUGGGACCGGCCCACCUUAGAUUCCACUACCAUCACCAACAAUGGAAAAACAGUGGUGAUCGGUCUGAACAGUCCGUACUACAUUAGUGGAGGAGGGCUCAGGUCCAGGUUUAAAGUGGGCAGGAUCACGUUCCACUGGGGACGAUGUAACGCCACUUUAGACGGUUCAGAACACAGUCUGAAUGGCAACACAUUCCCCCUGGAGAUGCAGAUAUAUUGCUAUGAUGAGGAGGAGUUUGAAUCUGUAGAUGAUGCUUUUAGCAACGGAGGAAAAAUUACAGCUCUCGCUGUCCUCUUUGAGGGCAGUAUUGAGGAUAACCAGGACUACGCUGGCAUUAUUGAAGGGGUGGACAGCGUGAGCCGAUUUGGUAAAAGUAGUCCCCUGGAACCCUUCUCUCCGCUGGCUCUGCUUCCACAAUCCACAAAAAAAUACUUUGUGUACAAUGGCUCGCUCACCACGCCGCCCUGCACGGAGAACGUGGAGUGGAUUGUGUUCAAAAACACAGUGGCCAUCUCAGAAACCCAGCUGGAGGUGUUUUGUGAGGUGAUGACGAUACAGCAGGAGGGUUAUGUGAUGUUGACCGACUACCUGCAGAAUAACUUCAGAGAUCAACAACAGCAGUUCAUGGGACAAGUGUUCUCUUCCUACACAGGAACAGAAGACAUUUCUGCACCCAUGUGCAGCUCAGAACCACAGAACGUACAGGCGGACCCUCAAAACUACACCGUUAUCGUGGUGACGUGGGAGCGGCCCAGGGUCGUAUAUGAGACCACCAUUGAGCGCUACUCUGUGACGUAUCAGAGACUUCAGGGCAAAGACCCACCCAAACGAAAGUAUCUAACCGAUGGAGACCAAGAUGUGGGGGCUAUUAUUCACAACCUGCUGGCGAAUAGUAGCUAUGUUGUCCAGGUGGUGGCGCUUUGCAACAAUGGAUUGACUGGAAAAAUGAGUGACCAGGUUAUAGUGGACAUGCCUCUUGAAGACCCUGUAAAUGAACCGGAUCCAUUUAGUGAUGCAACAGAGUCUGAGGAAUAUAUUGAGUUGACCUCAGAACCUCCGUCUCCAAAGAGCAGAGUAACGCCACAAUCCCUGGCUGGUCGAACCAGUUCCAUUUCCAUCACCCCAGCAACGGACCAACCGGGCUUCCUUUUCCCUGUUGUCAAGACAACCACUGUUACUGUCAAACGAAAAGUUACAGAAGAAUCUUCUCUUUCUUGGUCACCUGACCAGAAAAAGACAGGAAGUGAUGUCAAGCGCCCACGGGUCAGACUUAUUCCAGAAGAGGGUGAUGAGCUUCCUCACAGCAACAUGGUUGUGACGGACGUAUACAAUGAAUAUGUCCUCAACAUCAGCAGCAUUAAAUCCACACCUGUCCCAGGACGAUUAAGACCAAAACAUCCAACAGAGGUCAACACCAUCACAACUCCUCCAUCCAAUGCAAGCACCGUUGCCUCAACCACAGGCUCAUCCAUGUCUGCAUCUAUGAAGAUCAUUUCUCAGACCACUCAGCCUCUGUUUAAUGAGGCCAGUAACAGCAGUCCAGAAUCUCGUGUUGGGAUGGUGGGAGGGACGGAGAAGGACACACGGACGGUUGUUCCUCUGGCUGUGGUAUCAACGCUAACUAUCCUGUGUUUGCUGGUACUGGUGGGAAUCCUCAUCUACUGGAGAUCUUAUAGGAGGUGCUUUCAAACGGCACAGUUUUAUGUAGAGGACAACAUAUCACCCCGAGCCAUAUCGGCCCCAUCAACACCUCAGCUUCUACCUGCAGAGGAUAAUGAAGCUCUUACAGUCGAUGAAUUUGUGAAACACAUAGCUGAUCUUCACUCAAAUCACACAUUCUCUAAAGAGUUUGAGAUCCUGAAAGAGUGUUACGAGGAGAUUCAAGGCUGUACCACAGAUAUUGGCAUAACAACCGACAUCUCCAACCAUCCAGAAAAUAAGAGCAAGAACAGAUACAUCAACAUUCUAGCAUAUGAUCACAGUCGAGUUAAACUCUCUCAAAACACUGAUGGACUGACCGGGGACUACAUUAAUGCCAACUUUGUGGAUGGCUACAAUCAGCCGAAAACGUAUAUCGCUGCGCAGGGUCCACUGAAGACCAGUGUGGAAGACUUCUGGAGGAUGAUCUGGGAACAGAACGUUGGUGUCAUUGUCAUGAUCACCAAUCUAGUAGAGAAGGGUCGGAGAAAAUGUGAUCAGUAUUGGCCCGUGGAGAACCAGGAAGACUACGGAUGUUUUUUGGUCUCUCUGAAAAGCACCCAAAAGCUUGCCUACUACACGCAGAGAACGUUCACUUUGAGAAAUGUUAACAUUAAGAAGGGGUCACAGAAGAGAACUGUGAUUCAGUUUCAUUACACGCAGUGGCCUGACAUGGGCGUCCCAGAAUACACACUUCCUGUGCUUGCGUUUGUGCGGGCGUCGUCUCAAGCCAGAACUGCUGAUAUGGGGCCGGUGGUAGUGCACUGCAGUGCUGGUGUAGGAAGAACAGGCACAUAUAUUGUAAUAGACAGCAUGUUGAAACAGAUCAAAGAGGAGGGAACAGUGAACAUCAUGGGCUUUCUCAAACACAUUCGUACCCAGAGGAACUAUCUAGUACAGACAGAGGAUCAGUACAUCUUCAUCCAUGAUGUUCUAGUGGAGGCUAUCAAGAGCAAAGAGACGCUGGUUUCAUCUAGUCACAUUCACAACUAUGUGUCUGAUCUCCUCACACCCGGACACACAGGCCACACCUGUCUGGAGGAACAGUUCAAGAUGGUGAGUGAGACCUCUGUGAAACCGAGUGAAUACACAGAGGCUUUAAAAGAGUGCAACAUGUUAAAGAACAGAAAAUCUUCUCUGAUGCCGGUGGAGAGGUCAAGGGUCAGUCUUUCCUCCAGUCCUGGAGAUUCAUCAGACUACAUCAACGCCUCUUAUGCAUUGGGAUAUCGUCAGAACCGCGAGUUCAUCAUUACCCAGAAUCCUCUGCCAAACACCACACAGGACUUUUGGAGAAUGAUUUGGGAUCAAAAUGCACAGAUGGUUGUUUCCCUACAAGAUACACAGGACCUGACCAGAGAGGAAGAGCUGGUGUGUUGGCCCACUAAAGAUCAGCCAAUCAGCUGCGAGACAUUUAAUGUGACCUUCAAGAGUAAAGACCAGGUGUGCCUGUCUAAUGAGGAAUAUGUGGUGGUACAAGACUUCAUUCUAGAGGCUUUAAAGGAUGACUAUGUGCUGGAGGUACGCCAGUACCAGACCCCCCAUUGGCCGAACCCUGACAGCCCCAUCAGUAACUCCUUUGAGCUCGUCAACAUUAUAAGAGAAGAAAAUUCACGUCGAGAGGGGCCGAUCGUCAUCCAUAAUAGGUGUGGAGGAUCGAGCGCAGGUGUCCUUUGUGCCCUGACCACCCUGGUGAACCAGCUUGAGGAACAAAACUGUGUGGAUGUUUAUCAGACAGCGAGAAUGAUCAACCUCAUGAGACCUGGAAUUUUCACUGAUAUUGAACAAUAUCAGUUGCUCUAUAAGUCGAUCCUGAGUUUGGUGAGCACCAGAGAAGAUGAGAAAGCACUUCACUACUCAGAAAACAAUGGCACGGCUCCGGCCAACGCUUCGGAAAUUCUGCAGUCUCUCAUGUAGAUACACACAGAGACAUUUCUUCACCUUGUACAUUAAAUCAAGAGAAAGUAUGUUUAGCUUGCAACCCUCCCAAAUUCAACAUGGACUAUGGGGUGCAAGAUAUAAUUUGAUCUUUUGUUGUACCUUUUGUUACCUUUGUUCUUUUAAAUGCUUUGAUAUAAUAUUAUUGUUCCAACUAAUGCCAAAAUUUCUACUUUUUGGACAGUGACUGUAUUGCUUGGGAUGUCUUUGGUUUAAUUUGACUGUUUGACUUUAAUUGAGCUGUUUAAGAAAUAUUUAUAAGUAGCAGGGAAAAUAUUUCAUAGUGAAUCUAUUUGGGGGUUUUUAAAAUGAAAAAUCUUAGAUAUGAAAUGCAUUCAUGAAUGUAGUUUCUUAGGACAUUCUCAACACCAUACGAACAGGUGUGAUUCUAAUACAUACAUAAAAACAACAUACCAAAAUGCAUGUGUAUUACUAGGUCUUCUUUGCUUUUCUUUUCUUCUAUUUGUUUUUGUUAUUGUAGCAGAUGUUUGUUUGUUCAUUGUAGAAAAAUUUAAGCAUCUGUCUGUAACUAAACAACAAAUUCUUAAAAAAAUUCUGUCAUCAUUUACUUACCCCCUUGUCAUUUCAAACCUGUAGGACUUUUUCCACAAAAUAAGAUAUUUUGAAGAAUGUUGGAAACAAAAAAACGUUGGUGCCCAUUCACUUCUAUUAUAAGCACACAAAACAAAUGCAAGUCAAUGGGGACCAAAGGUUUGCUGCUUCCAACUUUCUUCAAAAUAUCUUUUGUGUUCUGCUAAAUAAAGAAUGCCAGAAAGUUUUGAAGUUACGUGAGGGAAAGACAUUUUGGGGAGAACUUACCCUUUAUAUCUGAAGUUACAUCCAUCAAUUCAAACCACUAUUCAGCGACUGAUAUUUUUCAACUUUCGUUUACAUUUUGUCUAAUGUUUUAGUCUUUUCUUCAACCAUUAACAGGGCAUCCUUAAAGACAAGAAAGCAAAGCCUAAUAAAAAUAACCAAAACAGA